UGAAGGGCACGCCGGCGGGCUGAGGGCGGGGCAAGGGGGCGUGCCCGGAGCGGCGGCGAGCUGCGAUUGGCCGGCUGCGGGCGGCACGUGCUGCCGCGAGGCCGCGUCCGGGCGCCGCGGUGCCGCCGGAGCCGUUGCCGCCGUUGCCGUCGGGGCGAGCGGUCGGUGCGAGAGAGAGAGAGCGGGAGUGCGGGGCUGGCGGAGCCGGCAGCAGCCCUGCCUGCGGACGCGGACACAGCGCCAUGUGCGGGAUCAGCUGCGGGCCCUGCUGCGGACGGGCUCGGAACUUCUCCUUUCGGAAUCUGUCUGUUUGGAGAUGUUGGAGGAGACCAAGGAGGAGGACACCCAGGAGGAAGACACACGAGGAAGAUGUGGAGUCUCUGCACAGCCUUGAGGAGACUCUGACCAAGCCAACCAAGGAAGAUGUGGAGAGUCCAGAGCGCAUUGAGGAGAGUCCAGAGCGCACUGAGCACACUCUAAGCAAGACAAGAGAGGAAGAUGUGGAGAGUCCAGAGCACACUGAGGAGAGUCCAGAGAGCACUGAGCACACUCUAAGCAAGACAAGAGAGGAAGAUGACGAGACUACAAGCAAGACAGCAGAGGAAGACGCAGAGACUCCAGAGCGCAUUGAGAACAGUCUAAGCAAGAUAACACAGGAAGACGCAGAGACUCCAGAGCACAACGAGGAGAGUCCAAGCAAGAUAAGAGAGGAACACGUGGAGACUGCAGAGUGCACAGAGGAGGCUCCGAGCAAGCCAGCUGAAGAAGACAUGGAGACUCCACAGAGCCUGGAAAAGAAUGUGAGGAACCAACCUGGGGAAGAUGUGGAGGUUCCACAGAGCGUUGAAGAGAGCACAACUGAGGAUGGAGCUGAGGAAGCACAAGAAGGCGCUGUUGACUGUGACACCCUGAGAAGAGCGCAGAUCCAGCAGCCUGCCAGUGAAGGAGCAAGAUGGCUCGGGGCUGAAGGGGACCAGUUACCCACAGAACACACUGUCAGCCCGCACGAGACGUGCAAAAGCAGGGCCCUGAAAGCUGGAACUUUGGAAAAGCUGGUGGAGACGCUUCCGACGGCAUUUGCAGAUAAUGAUUUUACAUACAUCAACAUCUUCCUCUCAACGUACAGGGCCUUUGCUUCCACCAGCACAGUCCUGGAGCUGCUCCUGGACAGAUACGGAAACCUGGAGACCUCGGGCUCUGAAGAAUGUGGAAACCAGAGGUCGCCCGAAUCCAGCACAGUGCUCAGGACUGCGAUCGCAUCGAUUUUACAAGCCUGGCUCGACCAAUGUGCCGAGGAUUUCCAAGAGCCGCCCGACUACGUGUGUCUGCUGAAGGUGCUGAGUUACCUGAAGAAGAACAUGCCCGGCUCUGACCCGGAGAAGAGGGCGCAGAGCCUCCUGGAGCAGUUCCAGAAGGAAGAACUGGAGAAUGAUGACGCGUUCCACAGCCUUUCUCCCUGCAACCUGGAUGACGACGAGGAACGGGACAUCAGCGGUGCAGGAGAAUUCUCAUUGUUCCAGGAAGACCUGGUGGCAGAACAGCUGACAUACAUGGACGCGACACUCUUCAAGAACGUUGUGCCCCACCACUGCCUGGGCUGCAUCUGGUCCCGCAGGGACAAGCAAGAGAACAAACAGCUGGCACAGAGCAUCAGAGCCACCAUCUCGCAGUUCAACGCCGUCACCAACUGCGUGGUCAGCACCGUCCUACAGACCAGAGAACUAAAGCCACGGCAACGAGCGAAGAUCUUGGAGAAGUGGAUCCGUAUCGCACGUCAAUGUAGGAUCCUGAACAGCUUUUCGUCUUUGAAGGCCAUUGUUUCCGCCUUGCAGUCCACCUCUGUUUAUCGCCUGAAGAAGACCUGGGCCUGCGUUCCAAAGGACAUAAUGCUGAUGUUCGAAGAUCUUUCAGAAAUAUUCUCCGACUGCGACAACUUUGCGACGAGCAGGGAGCUGCUGAUGAAGGGAGUCACACAGGGCACGGUACCUUACCUGGGUACCUUCCUCACAGACCUCGUCAUGCUGGACACAGCCCUUCAGGACUAUCUCGAGGGCGGCCUGAUCAACUUUGAGAAGCGGCGAAGGGAAUUUGACGUAAUCGCCCAAAUUAAGCUCUUGCAGUCCUCAUGUAACAGCUAUUGCAUGACACGAGAUGAGAAAUUCCUGCAGUGGUUUAGGAGGCAGCGGCAUUUAAGUGAUGAGGAGAGUUUCCAUCUUUCACGGGAAAUUGAAGCAGCUGCUGACAAGAGCAUCGCAUCGGGCAGAGCUCAGAAGAGUGCGCUGAAGAGAUUCAGCCUGCCGUUCCUGGGCUUGGGGGUGAGCGCCCACAGCGCACCCGUCAACGCGCAGCCCAAACCUGCUCCAGGUGGGAGCUCUGGGGACAGCACCGUCACCAUCGUCCCUCCCACCGACACUGCUGAGGAGCCUCAGCACAAGUGCUCCAAGAAGUGCCCCGACUCUGUGACUCCCAUUACCGCUAAGGAAGCGCCUCCAGUGCUGCCACUUUACAACCACCAGAACGGAGAGAGCUGCGUCAUCCGGACCAGCGUAGAAGAGGACAGCAGUGGCAACAUCUACAAGAGCAUCCUGCUGACUAACCAAGAGAAGGCUCCUGCUGUCAUCCAGAGAGCCCUGGAGAAGCACAACCUGCAGUGUGGCUCGGCUGAGGAUUACGAGCUGGUACAGAUCAUCUCCGAGGACAAAGGUGGGGAAGCAGAACUCUGCUGCUGCUGCUCGAACAGUUCUGCUGCAUUUUGACGGCAAGAGUGACACGCGAAGCGACGUCAGAAGCGCCACGGACACGUUGUCACAGCUGCCGGUGAGAAUAAACCCCUGAGGCUGAGUGGUGCGCCAACUAACGCUGGCUCUGCUCCCUCUCUUGCAGAGCUGGCGAUCCCACCCAAGGCGAACGUGUUCUACGCCAUGAACACCCAGGCCAACUUCCAUUUCAUCCUGAGGAGAAAAGCUGCAGCACAGGAGGAGCCUGCGCCUCAUAGACGUUAAUGGUUGAGCUUUGUAUCGUCUUUGAGCUUUGUAGAUUUACUGUUUAUAGUGUAAGUGUGUAAACUUCUUUUCCCCCAGUUUUAGUCUGGAGUUAAUGUAUUUUAAUAUGUGACCUGUAUAUAAUGUUUGAGCUUUGUAUAUUAUUUAAUAUUUAUGUUACAGGUAUAUUAACUUGUUUCCAGUUUUGUCUGCAGUUAAUGUAUUUUAACACUUGAUGUUUUUAUCCUAUUUAAUCUUUACAUACUGCUGUAGAAACAUUCAAUACUAUAUAACCUUUUUUCCACUAAUUUCUGCUUGCAGUGACUAUAUUUAAAUAGCUUAGCUUUAUAGAAUAUUUGAGCUUUGUACAAUAGUUAAUAUUUAUAGAAUAAGUACAUAAACUCUUUUCUACCAGAUUUAGUCUGGAGUUAAUGUAUUCAAAGGUUUUAUCUUUAUAUAAUACCUGAGCUUUAUAUAAUAAUUAAUAUUUAACAUUCUUAUUUAUUUUAAUGCACUAAUAUUUAAUCUUUAUUGAAUAUGUACAUAGACCUUCCCCAAUAGUUUUUUCUGAAGUUAAUAUAUUUUAAUACUUGAUCUGUAUAGAAUAUUUGAGCUUUGUUUAGUAUUUAAUAUUUAUAUAAUAAGAACAUAAACAUUUUUUCCACGAGUUUUACUCUGGAGUUCAUAUAUUUAAAGGUUUUAUCUUUAGAUCGUAUUUGAGCUUUAUAUAAUAUUUAAUAUUUAUUUAAUAUUUUUAUUUAAUAUACUAACAUUUAAUCUUUAUUUAAUAUGUACAUAGACCUUCCCCAAUAAUUUUUGUCUGGAGUUGAUACAUUAUUUCAUCUUUAUAUAAUAUUUGAUCUUUGUAUAAUAGUUAAGAUUUAUAUGAUAAAUAUAUCAACUUUUUUCAACCAAUUU